AUGAAGUGUUUUGUUGCUUUAGUCAUUGCUGCCAUUUCGCUGGUUGCCGAAGGUUCAGUGAUUCCGUGGGUACUGCCGGCUGGGAUUGCAAUUCCCGCCCCAGCUGGACUUGCUAUUCCAGGAGCAACCGUCAUUCAAUCGAAUCCGGCCCCAGCCACCGUCCUGAUUCCAGCGGCGCCCGGUCCCGUAACCAUCGAUGCCUCUGGCAUUCCCAUUGUGCUAGCUCCAGGUCCGGUUCCGGCUGUGGUGGCUGUUGCACCCGUACCGGCACCAGCUGCAACGUCACUUUCUGCAACGCGUGGAGCCGUUCAUGUUGCACCUCUGCCCGGACAUUCCGUUUCACAGCAGCAACUGAAUUUGGCUCCCGCUCCCGGUUCGGAGUAAUCACGACACUCAGGAAGCAAAGCUUCGAAUUUUCUCCUUAAACAACAACGACGACCAACCGACCUAGGACGCGCUCAAUCCUGCUACGGUGAUAGAAUCUUGUUCCUGCGGCGAUCGGAGAUUGUAUCCCGAGCGGGACAAUCUGUUUUUAUGAUAGUUUUGUUU